AUGGCUACUCUCCGACUCGCCAGCCGAGGCGCCAGGAGCCUGUGCAUGCGGCCAGCAACAUUCGCCGCCCGCCCUUUCUCGACCACCUGUCUGCGAAAGCACGCCGCCCCUGUCGAGACCGUUGGCACCAGGCUCGUGCCCGUUGACGAAGACUUCUCCGCUGAGGAUUCAUACGGCCUGUCCAAGCCCCGAACUGCCGGUACCCGAAAGUCGCGCGAGAACUCGGUUCAGGACCGAAAGGUUCGACACUACACAGUCAACUUCGGUCCCCAGCAUCCCGCUGCCCACGGCGUGUUGCGUCUGAUUCUCGAGCUCAAUGGUGAAGAAAUCGUCCGAGCCGAUCCUCACGUCGGUCUGCUGCACCGAGGUACCGAGAAGUUGAUCGAGUACAAGACAUAUCUCCAGGCUCUGCCCUACUUCGAUCGACUCGAUUAUGUCUCCAUGAUGACCAAUGAGCAGUGCUUCUCGCUCGCCGUGGAGAAGCUUCUCAACGUUGAAAUUCCUGAGCGAGCAAAGUUCAUCCGAACCCUGUUUGGCGAGAUCACCCGUGUUCUCAACCAUCUGAUGUCCGUUCUCUCUCACGCUAUGGAUGUUGGUGCUUUGACACCUUUCCUGUGGGGUUUCGAGGAGCGUGAGAAGCUCAUGGAAUUCUACGAGCGUGUUUCCGGUGCUCGUCUCCACGCUGCCUACGUUCGACCCGGUGGUGUCCACCAAGAUAUCCCCGUUGGUCUUCUCGACGAUAUUUACCAGUGGGCCACCCAGUUCGGCGACCGAAUCGACGAGACCGAGGAGAUGUUGACUGAUAACCGUAUCUGGAUUGAGCGAUUGAGAGGUGUUGGUGUUGUUCCUGCUGCGGAGGCUCUGAACCUCUCCUUCACCGGUGUCAUGCUCCGAGGUUCCGGUAUUCCCUUCGAUAUCCGCAAGAACCAGCCCUACGACGCUUACGACCAGGUUGAGUUCGAUGUUCCCGUUGGAACCAACGGUGACUGUUACGACCGAUACCUUUGCCGAAUGGAGGAGUUCCGACAGUCCCUCCGUAUUAUCCACCAGUGCCUCAACAAGAUGCCUGAGGGCCCUGUCCGUGUUGAGGAUUACAAGGUCUCUCCUCCUCCCCGAGCUGCCAUGAAGGAGAACAUGGAGGCCCUUAUCCACCACUUCCUGCUUUACACCAAGGGUUACGCAGUUCCCCCUGGUGAGACAUACUCCGCGAUUGAGGCCCCUAAGGGUGAGAUGGGUGUCUACGUUGUCUCUGACGGCAGUGAGCGACCAUACCGAUGCCAUAUCCGCGCUCCCGGUUUUGCCCACUUGGGUGGUUUCGAUCACGUCUCCAAGGGUCACUUGCUGGCUGAUGCUGUGGCGGUUAUUGGUACUAUGGAUUUGGUGUUCGGUGAGGUCGAUAGGUAA